CACAGCAGAGAGCGCUGGGAGCCAGAGGGGAGCGCAGCGAGUCCUGGCCUGGGGUCGUGCAGUCCAGGGGGCUGGAUGGCAUGCUGGACCCAAGCUCAGCGCAGUGUCCGGGCCCAAUAACGGCUUUUCCAAGGGAGCAGCUUUCUGUCCUGGCCACACUGAGGUGCAUAGCGUAAUGUCCAUGUUGUUCUACACUCUGAUCACAGCUCUUCUGAUCGGCAUACAGGCAGAACCGCACACCGAGAGCAAUGUCCCAGCAGGACACGCCAUCCCCCAAGCCCACUGGACUAAACUUCAGCAUUCCCUUGACACAGCCCUCCGCAGAGCCCACAGUGCCCCAGCUGGGGCGAUAGCCGCCAGGGUGGCAGGGCAGACCCGCAACAUCACUGUGGACCCCAAACUUUUUAAAAAGCGGCGACUGCGUUCACCCCGAGUGCUGUUUAGCACCCAGCCCCCGCCUGUGGCCGCAGACACUCAGGAUCCGGACUUGGAGGCCAGCGGCGCUGCCUCCUUCAACAGGACUCACAGGAGCAAGCGGUCGUCAUCCCACCCCGUUUUCCACCGGGGGGAGUUCUCGGUGUGCGACAGCGUCAGCGUGUGGGUGGGGGACAAGACCACUGCCACGGACAUCAAGGGCAAGGAGGUGAUGGUGUUGGGAGAGGUGAAUAUCAACAACAGCGUGUUUAAACAGUACUUUUUUGAGACCAAGUGCCGGGAUCCCAAUCCUGUGGACAGCGGGUGCCGGGGCAUCGACUCAAAGCACUGGAACUCAUAUUGUACCACAACCCACACCUUCGUCAAGGCGCUGACCAUGGACGGCAAGCAGGCUGCCUGGCGGUUUAUCCGAAUCGAUACGGCCUGCGUGUGCGUGCUCAGCAGGAAGGCGGGGAGAAGAGCCUGACCUGCAAGCCAGCCCCCACCUCCCCCAGCUCCCCACCCACACUCUCCUGCGCCCCUCCCUACCUCAGCCUGUAAAUUAUUUUAAAUUAUAAGGACUGCAUGGUAAUUUAUAGUUUAUACAGUUUUAAAAAUCAUUAUUUAUUAAAUUUUUGGAAGCA